AUGGAGAUGGAAACGCUAGGCCAGGGUGUAGAAAUGCUCAACAUCCUCCUCAAUCUCCACAAGAUCAAAAGGGGUAAAACGGGGUUUAGAGGGUGGAAAAUAAACAAAUUCACAUGGUACAACCAACAUGAAGAUGAGUCUUUCACAAAGGAAAGACUAGAUAGAGCUUUAGUCAACCCAAGGUGGAAAGCAACUUAUACAGAGGAUUCAGUGGAAACACUUCCAGCUAUCUGUUCUGAUCACAGCCCAAUACUACUUUCCUGUAGUUUUGAGAGGUGCUCAGCAUACAAAUAUCACUCUUCAUUCAAGUAUGAGGCCAACUGGAUUAAUGAGAUGGGCUAUAGAGAGGUAGUUUCUGAAGCAUGGCAGGGUAGUUAUAAAGGGGAGACUGGCUUGGAAAAGGUCUUAUACAAGCUUGACAGAACUAGAAAGGGGCUUCAAAAGUGGAGUAGACACAUGGUUAGAGACAGAAAUAGAGCUAUAAGAGAAAAGACACAGCUGUUAGGUGAGUUGCAAAGCCGAGAAGAACCAAGUACCAUAAAGAAACAAAGAAGCCUGCAGCAAGAUCUUAAAUUUCUAUUGGAACAAGAAGACAUAAGGUGGAGGCAAAGGGCAAAGAGACACUAG